AUGCUUCGAGGGGCUGCCCCUCGACCUCCUCGACCUUCACGCCAACGCCAGCGAGCAGGAACUACACCAAGUCGUCGCCGUUGUCUCUUCUUCAACCUUGGCCGUCUCUCCGAUCCCCGUCGAGCCGCUCGCCAUCGACGCCCUUCAACUACCUCGACCCCGUUGCCUCGCCUCCUCACCUCCUCCUCGUCCCGAGUCGAGGCCGCCGUUCCGGCGCCGCGCCCUCGACCCCGUCGCCCUGCCGCACUCGUCGCCGGCGACCCGGACCGCCUCCCCGUCUCCGUCGAUCGUCCCCGUCCUCCUCCCCACGGGUCGCCCCCGAGCCUCGACGCCCAUGUGCCCCCUGCAAACGCCGGUGAGACCCUCGGCCUCGGCCUCCCCUUCCUUUCGUCCGCGGUCACCGCGCUCGUCCACCUCGCGCCCGUGCAGUCCGCUCGCCUCCGCCCCGUCUCUACCUUGCGGUCGAGCACGGCCGCGCCCCUCGCCGCACGCGCUACGGCGCCCGCUCACGGCCGCCGCCCGCUCACGGCCGCCGCCACCCUACACCGUCCCGCUGCCACCCUGCUCCACCAUGGCCGCCGCCCCAAUCGCUCCACCCAUGGCCGUUCCCCACUGCCGCCUCCUGCCCGGCGCACCUCGCUGCAGCCGCCGGCGCCCGACGCCUCCACUAGCUUGGGCAGGCGCCCAAACGGGCUGACGCCCGCAGCGCCCAGUCGCCCAGCGCCCGCUAGGCUCCCCCAGAGCCUAUGA